AUGUGCGACUUCUCGGAAUAUGGCCCCAAAUCUGCUGAAUGGCUUGCCGUGGAAGCAAGUCUCCCGCCUCCUCCCACAUUCGCAGACAUCUAUGAAAGACAGGCCGUAGUCAAUAAAGGUCGCGAGGAGAUAUCUGCGAAUGGUAUGAAGGAGUUAGGUCACCUGGUCCGUAUGAAAGAUUACAAGAUUCCUACGAGAGACGAUUCUUUUGUAGAAGCACGAAGCUAUAGGCCUGUUGAUGCCGCUGACGAUGCUCGUCUACCUAUUUACAUCCAUCUUCACGGUGGAGGAUAUUUAUUCGGGACACUCUCAUCCGAAGAUGCCAUCUCCUCGCGAAUUGCAAUUGGUGCGAAAGUAACCGUUGUCAAUCUCAACUACCGCCACACGCCGGAUCAUAUAUAUCCUACAGCUUGGAAUGAUGUCGAAGACGCUUUCUACUGGAUACAUGAUCACAUCGAUGAGCUUCAAGGCAAGCCUGAUCAAGUCGUGAUUGGAGGGGUCAGCGCUGGUGCUCAGUUAGCAGCCGCUCUGACUUUGAGACAGAACAUCUCUGCACCAGAUAUCCGACAGUAUCCCAAGAUUGCUGGACAGAUCCUGAUGAUCCCAGCUCUGGUCCACCUUGAUCAUUAUCAGUCACAGCUUGACCAACUCACGAGUCCCUUGGCGUCUUCAUAUGUCCAGAAUGAAGAUGCACCGAUUCUUCCCAAGAAAGUCAUCGACUUCUUUACUGGACUGUUGAAGUUUCCGGUUCCUUUUCCAGAUGCUGAUGAUUUCCGAGCAAACACUGGAAACGCAUCGGCUUCUCAGGUGAAAGGCCUCCCUCCCACUGUCUUUGGAAUUGCCGGUGCCGAUCCCCUGCGGGAUGAAGGCCUUUUGUAUGGCAAAAAGCUUGCCGAGGCAGGCGUCCCCACUGAUAUUCAUGUCUUCAAAGGGUUGCCUCAUGGCUUCCGUAGGUAUGGGGAUCAGUUGACUGAGUCCAAGCGAUGGGAUAGAGUGAUGGAGGAGGGAAUUAUUUGGGCAAUCUCGAACCCUCGGCCUAGAAAGUUUGAAGUCAAGACUGCUUAG